AUGGGCUGUCUAACUGAGAACGGACUCUCUGGGUAUCAGUGUGGCUAUCCUGGCUCCGUGGGGCAAUGCAAAAUGAUGCAGAAUGUCUGCACAUAUUUUGUGCAUCCAGUUCAGAACUCCUGGCUGAAGCUUGAUGAUAUUUUUCUUCCUCUCCAGGGUGCCAUUUUGAUAUUUAUGGGAAUUGUUGUUCUCACUAUGAAGGCAUCUGUUAUUGAAGUGUUGCUUGUUUUGCUGGUGACUGGAAUACAUUCAAAUAAAGAAACGGCAAAGAAGAUUAAAAGGCCCAAACUCACUGUGCCUCAGAUCAACUGUGAUGUCAAAGCUGGGAAGAUCAUCAAUCCUGAGUUCAUGGUGAAAUGUCCAGCGGGUUGUCAAGACCCCAAAUACCAUGUUUAUGGCACUGGCGUCUACGCGUCUUACUCCAGCGUGUGUGGCGCCGCGAUCCACAGCGGUGUGCUGGCUAAUUCAGGAGGAAAAAUACUUGUCCGGAAAGUUGCCGGGCAGUCCGGUUACAAAGGAAGCUACUCGAAUGGGGUUCAGUCUUUAUCCUUACCCAGGUGGAGAGAGUCCUUUAUCAUCUCAGAAAGUAAGCCCCAAAAGGGUGUAACCUAUCCAUCGACUCUUACAUAUUCAUCAUCCAAAACUGCAGCUGCUAAAGCAGGUGAGACCACAAAAGCCUAUGAGAAGCCAUCUAUUCCAGGGACAACCACACAGCCUGUCACCCUGACACAGGCUCUAGCUAUUCCAGUAGCUGAGGCCACCCACAGAGCCACCUCAAAGCCAUUUGCAGCAUCUAUCACCAGCAGCCCCAGACCCCAACCUGUGGGCCACAGGAGUCAGGAGAUGGGUCUGUGGUCCCCCACCACCUACACGAGUAGCCCACACAGCCCUGGUGCCAGUCCAGAAGAGAUGGAUGCGUGGAAGUCUGGACCGGUCCUUUUAGAUUCAGGGUUGGUGCCAAAAGAAGAACUCAGCACACAGUCUUCGGAGCCGGUGUCGCAGGGAGACCCAAACUGCAAAAUUGACUUGUCAUUCUUAAUUGAUGGGAGCACCAGCAUCGGCAAGCGCCGCUUCCAGAUGCAGAAGCAGUUCCUAGUGGACGUUGUCCAGGCUCUUGACAUUGGCCCUGCUGGUCCUCUCGUGGGGGUUGUUCAGUACGGAGACAAUCCUGCUACCCAGUUUAACCUCAAAACUCACAUGAAUUCUCAAGAUCUGAAGACAGCUAUAGAGAAAAUUACCCUGAGAGGAGGCCUUUCUAAUGUAGGCCGCGCCAUCUCCUUUGUAACCAAGAACUUCUUUUCCAAAGCAAAUGGAAACAGGGGUGGGGCUCCCAAUGUGGCUGUGGUCAUGGUGGACGGCUGGCCCACAGACAAAGUGGAAGAGGUGUCACGAGUUGCGAGGGAGUCGGGGAUCAACAUCUUCUUCGUCACUGUCGAAGGUGCUGCUGAAAGGGAGAAGCAGCAUGUGGUGGAGCCCAGUUUUGCCAGCAAGGCAGUGUGCAGAACAAAUGGCUUCUACUCCUUCAACGUGCAGAGCUGGUUCACCCUUCACAAGACCGUGCAGCCCCUGGUGAAGCGAGUCUGCGACACGGACCGCCUGGCCUGCAGCAAGACCUGUUUAAACUCUGCGGACAUAGGCUUUGUCAUUGAUGGCUCGAGCAGCGUGGGGACAAGCAACUUCCGCACAGUCCUGCAGUUCGUGGCCAACCUCAGCAAGGAGUUUGAGAUUUCAGACACCGACACACGCAUCGGGGCCGUGCAGUACACCUAUGAGCAGCGGCUGGAAUUUGGGUUCGACAAGUAUAACAGCAAACCGGACAUCCUCAGUGCCAUCAGGAGGGUGGGGUACUGGAGCGGAGGCACCAGCACAGGGGCUGCCAUCCAGUAUGCCCUCGAACAGCUCUUUAAGAAGUCCAAACCGAACAAGAGGAAGGUAAUGAUUCUUAUCACUGACGGCAGGUCUUACGACGACGUGCGGAUCCCAGCCAUGGCUGCCUACCAGAAGGGGGUGAUCACCUACGCAAUAGGCAUCGCAUGGGCUGCUCAGGACGAGCUGGAGGUAAUUGCCACUCACCCUGCCAGGGACCAUUCCUUCUUUGUGGAUGAGUUUGACAAUCUCUACAAAGUCGUCCCCAGGAUCAUCCAGAAUAUUUGUACGGAGUUCAACUCACAGCCUCGAAACUGA